AUGAUUGUCUUAUUACUGAUUUCGGGUCUUUUCCUACCAGCAGCGUCUCCAGCAAUGUGCUACCAAUGUGCUUCGGAGCUUGCUUUGAUUAAUUGGUCUCGUUAUGGUCUUCCACCGAUGCAGGGUGAUUCUAUGAUGGCUGAUGAUGCAUGUCUGGACGACAACAGUUUAACGGGACAUGUACCAUGUAGUGCACCAUGUAUGACCAUCAACAUCACUGCUGUAGGUGGGAAACAUGAUGGAAGGGUCAUCGGAAUCGUUCGCGAUUGCCAAACAUAUUUUCGAAGUCCAAAAGCGUUACCAGAGGGGACGGAUCGUAUCUGUCGCCACAGUGUGCGGGACACAGUGCGGAACCAUCGGUAA